GCACGUAGACAAUAGAAUCUCUCAGCUGCGCGGGGAAUUUUGUCUGAAACAAAAAUCUCAAUUGAAUGGAGUUUUGAUUUUAGCUAGCAAUCAAGAACGAGAACAAGAGCAUUGUUAUUCCCAUCGUUGAUCAACUACAGGUUCUUCGUAGAACUAAGCUAACUUACAUGGAGUAAGUGGUGGUUAUGCAUACCAAAGAUGGAUAUGGAUCGCAGUAUACACCGGGCUCUUCAAGACGUAGAAAUUGCCAAAGAAUAUAUCAUAACCAAUGAUUAUGUAGCUGCCAGAAAAAUUUUACUCAAUGUUCAGUGCUAUCAUCCGGCUUUUGACGACAUUUCGGGGAUGAUCUCUGUCUGUGAUAUCUUACACUCGGCUGGCUAUGAUUUUUUAGGCUGUGACGCUGAUUACUACUGGAUUCUCCAGGUUUCACCAUAUGCCACUGAUCAUGCUAUCAAUACCCGCUACAAAAGGUUGUAUGCACUUCUAGAGCCGAUUAUGGGAAAUUUCCCUUGUUCUGCAUCAGCUUUGAGAAUUAUCCAUGAUGCAUUUUCAGUGCUUUCCAAUCCAAACAAGCGUUCGGUAUUUGAUAUGAAGAGAGCUAAGAAGUUGCAAGCUUAUGGUUCUGGAAAUUUCCAGGAAAUUCAUGUUGGCUCGACAGAGAAAUGCCUCCUGAGGCGGGAAGCUUUCCUAGAAUCUAGAAGGUCCCAAUGUGAUAUGCUGAAUGACGAUUCUGCUAAUUUUGAGCCGGAAAUUGAUGGGUUUAGUACAAAGUUCCCUUGGGAUGGGACCUCUACAAUCGAUAAUAAACAAGAUAGUCAUGAAUCUGUUACAAGGAUUGAAGAUUUUGCAGUUGGGCAACUCUGGGCAAUUUAUGAUAAUGAAGGCAUGCCUAGAAACUAUGCUCAGAUUGUUAACGUUAAACUUAAAGUUCAUGAAUCACCCUGUAGAGUUUAUGUCAGCUGGUUGAAACCUAUCCGAGACUCUGUGGAUGGUAAUAAAGGGUUUGAGGCUGGAUUAUCUACGGUCUGUGGAAUAUUCAAUGUGGAUAGAAGUUGCACAUCGUUUAUUCGACCAAAUUUGUUUUCACACAGGCUAUCUGCAACUGUAAAUGAGAGCGAGCUGGUCGAAAUUUAUCCCAUAAGAGGAGAGGUUUGGGCAAUUUACAGCAAUCUUGAAACACUAGAAGGCUGCUUCAAUCCCAAAGCAAGUAAGGGCUGCGAAUUGCUGAAUGUGGAGAUUCUAACUGGAUAUUCGCACCAGGUCAGUAUGCUUGUGGCAGGUUUGGUAAAAGUAGAGGGAGAGAAAAAUGUCUACAAAUCUGAUAACAGCAGCGAAUCAUAUUUUCAAAUUCCUGGAAGAAACUUGUAUAUGUUUUCACAUAGAAUUCCAGCUCACACAUUUGCAGAUGAAUCGAUGGCUAAGACCACCAGCAGGAUGUUUAAGCUCGAUCCUUUGGCUGAUGCUAACAGUAUAAUAAACCGUUCCACAUCUUUGCGACCUGCUCCUCAGCCGUUAUCAGUGACAGAACAAAUGCACAAGAAAAGAUCAUCAAAAGAGUUCUUUUCGGGCCAAAUAUGGGCUAUAUAUGAUGGUCCGAAUUCAAUGCCUACGCGAUAUGUCAUAGUGAACAAUGUGUAUUCGGAGAGUGAAAUAUGUGUUACAUUCUUGGAGCCUCACCCCGUAUCGGUCAAUGAAAGGCACUGGAUCAAAGAGAACCUACCAUAUGGUUGUGGAUUGUUUAAAACAGGCAAGAUCAAACACAACUUGAAGUUAUGUAGGUUCUCACAUACGAUCAAGUGUAAAGACAAUGAGUUAUAUUACAAGAUAUAUCCAAAAAAAGGUGAGAUUUGGGCAAAGUACAAGAACUGGAGGGUUGCUGAUUUUAAUGAGCAUCACUGUCAAAUUGUUGAGAUAGUUUCAGAUUUCUCCGAGGAAUGUGGGUUAAUAGCAGUGAACUUAGAGAAGGUGGCUAGUUGCUCCACUUUCUUCCACAGGCAGUCUUAUGAAGGUUUUGAAUUGGUGAGGGAAGUUCCAGUUACAGAAAUGCUAAGCUUCUCUCACAGAAUACCAGCUUAUACAGUUCCGGGAGCCGAGAUGCGUAAUAUCCCCAAAGGUUCUUGGCACCUGGAGCCAGAUGCAUUGCCUCCUAAUUUUAGCCAUAACUAAAGCAUGCUUGAUUUAUGUGUAUAUAGUUUUGCUGGAUUAGGGGUGUGCAUUAUGUUUUAACCAAACCAAAUUGAAUCAAAACAAUUUGAACUGAAUUUAUCAGUUUGAUUCAGUUUUUCAAUUUGAUUUGGUUUUUGCGCACACAUAUAUAUACCAUAUACUGAAUU